AUGGUGGGCAAGUGCCCCCUUGCUAACACUCUGCAUUCGCCCCUGGUGAGGUCGUUUUUCGUUCCUGUUCCGAAACCUAUCCUCAACACGGGAGCAUUCAAUUGGUCGGUCACCAUCGGAGCUGGAGGAUUGGCUGCCGGGCUACUCUCUUGGCCGUCAAAAGAUGUACGCAUCCAACAUCUUGUCUACACUGAUUUUGUAUUGGCUUUGGUUGGGUAUUUAGCUUACCAGCGACCUCUUUGGCUUGCUUACGUUUUCAUAGCUGCCUUGUUGCUUCUCAAUACCUUUCUUUUCCAUGGACUACUUGGUCUUGAUUUCCCGGAGCCGGAGGAGGAAGACGAGGACGAGUCUCCGGUCUGA